UUCUCUCUGGAUUUCAGAGUGCUGCUGACAGGAACUCCUAUCCAGAACAACCUGACGGAGCUCUACAGCCUCCUAUCGUUCAUCCAGCCCAGUCUCUUCCCUACAGACCAGACCGAGGACUUCACUAACACUUACAGCCAGGUCCAGACACAACCGACUCUGGCCAGUGAUCUCCAGAGAGUGCUGCAGCCCUUCCUGCUGAGGAGGGUAAAGGCUGAGGUAGCAGCUGACCUCCCCGUGAAGACAGAGAUACUGAUGUACCACGGCCUGUCUGCCCUGCAGAAGAGAUAUUAUAAGGCUAUACUCACGAAGGACCUGUAUGCCUUUGGGAAUGAGCAGGGCAACAAGACCAGACUGCUUAAUAUACUGAUGCAGCUCCGGAAGUGUGUGGACCACCCCUACCUGUUUGAUGGUGUGGAACCAGAGCCGUUUGAGAUGGGGGAGCAUCUGAUCCAGGCUAGUGGGAAACUCUGUCUGCUGGACAGCAUGCUGGCAUACCUGCACCAAGGGGGACAUCAUAUCUUGCUGUUCUCCCAGAUGACCAGGAUGCUAGACAUUCUCCAAGACUACAUGGAAUACAGAGGUUACAGCUAUGAGCGUCUGGAUGGAUCAGUCAGGGGGGAAGAGCGUAACCUGGCCAUCAAGAACUUCAGCAGCAAAGACGUCUUUGUCUUUCUACUCAGCACUAAAGCAGGAGGCGUUGGGAUGAACCUAACAGCAGCUGAUACUGUGAUCUUCAUUGACUCUGACUUCAACCCCCAGAAUGACCUGCAGGCUGCAGCUCGCUGCCACCGGAUUGGUCAGACCAGGUAACACAGGGCCCUAGUUCUGUUGGUCAGACUAGGUAACACGGGGCCCUAGUUCUGUUGGUCAGACUAGGUAACACGGGGCCCUAGUUCUAUUGGUCAGACUAGGUAACACGGGGCCCUAGUUCUAUUGGUCAGACUAGGUAACACGGGGCCCUAGUUCUAU